GCUGCUCCCUGGUGUCGGCGUGUGUAUAAACAGUUGUAGUAAUUUAACUACAGUAAAAAGAAGCAAAAAACUGCUGUUUUUGAUGACUCCAUUAAAGCGCGCACCGGUUUUUGGAAUUCGCUUUUUCGCUUAUUAAGUUCUGAAGCAAAGAUGAAGAUCAAAUCCAAGUCUUCGUAUCACAAAUCUGAGAACACCUUCAGGUUUCUCACUUUUGCUGAAAGACUUGCCAAUGUCAAUAUUGAUGUCAUCCAUCGCAUUGAUAGAACUGGAUCUUACGACGAGGAAGUAGAAACAUAUUUCUUCGAAGGACUGACAAAAUGGAAAGAUCUCAACCUGACAGAACAUUUCACUACCUUUUUGAAAGAGGUAUCCAACAAGAGCCAGUCAUUCAACAUGCUGGUUUUCCAUCAGAAGGCCAUAGUAGAGAGUCUGAAAACACAUCUGGCUGUCAAAAACAGUUUGGCUUACCAACCCCUGCUGGACUUGGUGGUUCAGUUGGCCAGAGACCUGCAGACAGACUUCUACCCACAUUUUCCAGACUUCUUCAUUCUGAUCACCUCACUGCUCGACACAAAGGACACAGAGCUGCUGGAGUGGGCUUUCACCUGCCUCUCCUACCUUUAUAAGUACUUGUGGAGGGUCAUGGUGAAGGACAUGACCAAUAUCUACAGUUUGUACAGCACACUGCUGGCCCACAAGAAGGAACACAUACGCAAAUUUGCAGCUGAGAGCUUCUCUUUUUUGAUGAGGAAGGUUCCAGAUUUUGACACCUUGCUGACUAAUGUGUUCUCAGACCUGGAGCAGCACCCUGACAAGGUUGAGGGAGCCGGUCAGCUGCUGUUUGAGAUGUGCAAAGGAGUUCGAAAUAUGUUCCACUCCUGUGCUGCGGCAGCUCUUCCUGUGGCAUUGCGCAAGCUUGGUCCUUUAACCAGCUGUGGAGUGUCUCUACCUUGGGAUGCUGUCAGGGAUGCUCUGGAUCAGAUGGCACAGGCUGCUGCAAGUCAUGUAGACAGGGAGCACUUCCUGGUUUUUUGGGAAUCCCUACAGGUCAGUGUUAGGGAGGUCCUGGCUGUCAUAGAGGCAAAGGGAGAAGACUUUAAUCUUGCGAUAGAGCAGCUGGAGCGGCUGCUGUUCAUCCUUCACACCCUGGUGUCCCACAGAGAUGGAGUCAAAGUCACCAAGCCAGAGGCGGUCUGCCAGACAGUGCUGCAGCUGAUUCAGAGCUCAUGCCUGUCAGCUUCCUGCUCCCGUCUCCUCCUUCAGACCACCUCCUCUCUGCUGCUUGGAGAGAACAUCAGCUUGCCCCAAGUGCUCAUACAAGAGACUGUCCAAAAGGUGUUUAGCAGCACAUUGGGGCAUGAUCUGAUUCUGGAGUUUACCAAGGAGAUGUUCACAAUGAACCAGUUUGAACAGCUUUUCCUUCCCAUCCUGCUGCGCUUCAUCACUGGUUUGUUUGCUCAUGGAGAUGCUCUGUCUAGACACUGUGGUCUGGAUGUGCUGGUCAAUCUGAUCCUUGCUAAAGCCCCACCCCCCACCGAUGGCUCCAUGGCCUUUGAGACCUACUCGCUGCUCUUUACUGGACAGACCACAGGAGUGUUUAACUGUAAGGAAGCAGGUGCAACAUCAGAGGAAACAGCUGUUCCAGAGCUGGUGCUGUCACUAAUCAAACUUCCCGAUGAGCAGAACCAGUCCAUCGCUAACCUGUCGCUGCCGUGGGCCGCGCUGGUGCUGCUGCCACACCUCAGACCUCUAUCUCCAUCUGUUGUUGUUCCUGCUGUAGCAGCUUUCCUAAACCACCUCCUGUGUGAAAUUGAGACUGAGAACAUGGGGAAAGCUGCUCUGUUUGUAGCCAGACAGGCUCUCAGCUGCCUCCUCUCUCUGGACAGCUCUGCCCAGCUUCUCUUACUGGUUACUGUGGACAAAGUCAACUCGAUCCUGCGGAAGUUCCCCACUGAUCUGUCGGCUCUGCUGCUGGGAGACUUGUACUACACCCGCCUGUCUCUCAGCGGCAUUUCAGAGUACUUAUCCCCCAGUGCACUGCUGGAACUCUAUGAGAUGCUUCAUGCCAACCUCUCCUCCAACAUUUCAAAGAUUCGCCUGCUGACUCUGAGGAUCUUCUCUCAGUUUGAGGCCGAGCUCCCCCCACAGGCUGAGGGUGAAGAGAGUGUGGAGGUGCAGCCGGUGUUUGCAGUCUGCCUACAGGCGGAGCUGGUCCCAGCUUCGGUGCAGGACUACAGAGAAAAGCUGCUUCACCUGCGGAAGCUGAGACAUGACCUGGUUCGGCGCAGCCUUCCGCAGGGACCACCCGGCACCUUCCAGCAGGUGCCUCUAAGAUAUCUCAUUGCAAUGCUGUUUGUCAACUUCAGACCACUGUGGGAUGCAGUCAUUGAACUUCUUGUGAGCCAUGCCAAAGGGAUGGAUAAUAAGGACUUCUGGAGUGUCUACUAUGAACAUCUGGAGAUGGUGGCAGGACUGGCUGAAGAGGAAUUGCAGGAGGAUGAUGAAGAUGAGAGCAAAGAGGAGUCAAGCCUGCAGAGCCAACCAGGCUGUGAUGUCAUCGACAGUGGCGAUGUGGGGGUGCUGUUCUUAGAGCAGCUCAAGUUGACGUCGGACCCCAACGAAAGGACCGACUUCCCUAACUUCCGCAGCCUGCUGUGGCGAGCCAUGUCCCAGUUCCCCGACAGGGUGGAACCUCGCAGCCGAGAACUGAGCCCACUGCUGCUCAGAUUUAUCAAGAAUGAGUUUUACCCAUCCGACCUGCUGGUGGCUCCUACUCAGGACCUGAGGAAAAAAAACGAUGCUGUUCAGGAUGAGUCGGGGAUGGCUGUGGAAGUGGAAGAUGAGGAGGAGGAAAAUGAGGCAGAGGAGGGAAGCACACAACAGAGGAAGGCACUUCCAAGGAGGGCUGCUGCAAAACAGCUUAUUGCCCAUCUGAAGGUUUUUGCCAAAUUUACCAAUCCUCGGGCUCUCUAUUUGGAAAGCAGCCUUAGUGAGCUUUAUAACCAGUUGAUCUGCCAUCAGGACCAGCAAAUUCAGAGAAUGGCACUGGAGUGUGUUCUCACAUACAAAGAUCCCAACAUAGUACCUUACAAGGAGAAUCUCGAGAGGCUACUUGAAGAUAAACACUUCAAAGAAGAGAUUGUUCAUUUCAACAUUUCUGAGGAGACAGGAGUGGUGGAUGCUUCCCACAGGGGGGGACUUAUACCACUUCUCAUGAGGAUCCUGUUUGGCCGUCUGCGCAGUAAAGCUGGCAGUAAGUUUCAAGGAAAGGCAAGUGCUGCUUCCCGCUCCUCCAUCAUCUUGCGCUUCCUGGCAGGUUGCCAGGCUGAGGAGUUGGGAAUGUUUAUUGACUUACUUCUGGAUCCCGUCUGCCAUCAUAGCCUAGGUUCCUGUCUAGCUGCAGUGGACAGGGCUAUAUCUGAGACCGACAUAGCUGCUGUCCUGCCUCUGGGCCGUCAGCACAGUCUGUUGAACAUCAUCAAUGUGGUGAUCCAGAAACUUGGCCACCUCAUCCACAUCUACCUGCCCAAAAUUCUGCAGAUCCUCCUGUGUGUCACUGCCUCUGUAUCCACCAUCCUGGACAGCAGGGACCAGUUGCGAGCUGGAUGCAUUAGUCCUCUGAAGAACCUGAGGAGGCUCGGUAUCCUGAGGAUCCAAGACUUCUUUGAUGGCUUCGACUCCUACAGUUUCAGCCCAGAUGAAACUGAUGCUGUGUUCCAGGCGGUGAUCUGGCCUCAGGUGUGUCGUCUCCCCACAGAGAGCCCCUAUUCCCCAACUCCUCUGCUCAAACUCAUCCAUGUAUGGUGCAAAAAUCCCAGGUACUUCCCGCUCCUAGCCAAGCAGAGACCAGACCACCCAGAGUGCGACAUCCUUCUAAAUGUCUUUGCCCUCCUCUCAGCUAAAAAUGUAUCCCCAGUUACGAUCGCUGUUGUAAUGGACAUAGCUGAGUCUCUAGCAACACUUGGGGACUUUGUUGCCUCAGAGUCUGAGGCUGAGCUCAGCGUGAACACCUGCGUGUUCCCACAGCCUGAAGAGGGACGGGUCAUCAGAGAAGAAUCAAUAACUCAAGGCUCCAGGCUACUUCUGCCUCACAUCUCCACCCUGCUGCGCUACCUCAGCGGAGUCGUACGCAACACUGACAGACUCAAGAAGAAGAAGUUCAAAGCACAGGUGGCCAGAGAGCUCAACAUCCUCUCCAAGAUAAGUCGAUUUGUGAGCGACAAGGAACAGAGCUCGGUGCUCAUUGGCCUGCUUCUCCCUUAUCUCCAGAAAGGCAACAAUCUUCAAGAGACAGAGAUCGACAUCUUGGCCACUGUACAGAACCUGCUGCGGCAGUGCGAUCAGCCCUCCACCUUCCUGCGACCGCUCGGCAAACUCUUUGCCAUCAUUCACAAUAAGCUGCCCAGAAAGGCCCUCACCGCCACCUUUCAGACUUUGUCAGAUCUGGACCCUUCGCUCACAUACAUCACUGAUUUAGCAGCAAAGCUUAACGCAUUCGACAGUCGACACCUGGAUGAGGUCUACUUUGACGUGCGCCUCAUGGCUUUCCAAGAUGCCACCAAGCGAGUCAAAGACAUGCAGACCCUGGACCUGGACUACAUCAGCACUAUCAUAUACAACUGUUUUCACACAUAUGAGAUUGGUGACAUGUCACUGGCAGACAACGCCACCUUGUGUAUGUCUGCAGUGAUCAGCCAGCUGGCAGCAGUCGGUCCUGGAGCGCAGAUCUACAAGGAUUUCAUUCAACACACCAUCCUGGAUGCUGUCCACAAAGGGCUCCGCAGCAAGACGGAGAAUGUGCAGCAUGAAUACACCACCAUUCUCGCCUGCCUGGUGAAAACCUUUCCCUCCAAGAAAGAGUUUAGAGAUCUGGUGCAGCUCACCGACUACAAUGACCCAGAGUCUGAUUUCUUUGAGCAUAUGAAGCACAUCCAGAUCCACCGCAGAGGUCGCGCCCUGAGGAAGUUGGCAAAAAAGCUGACCGAGGGCACAGUGGUGAUGACGCCACGUUCUCUUCAGAAUUACAUCAUGCCAUACGCCAUGACUGCACUGAUGGACGAAAAGAUGCACAAGCAUGAGAACAUGAUUUCAGCGUCGGUGGAUUUGGUGGGAGCAGUGUGCCGCAGGCUGACCUGGUCCAAAUACCUCUACUACCUGAAGCACUUCAUCCACAUCCUGCAGACCGCACAGGCUGAACAAAAACUGGCUGUCAGUUUGCUUGUGACUGUGCUGGAGGCUUUUCAUUUUGACCACCAGACUCUCAGCAGAGAAAUGGAAGCUGCCAAAGCAAGAGAAGCUGGAACUGUUGCGACUGAAGCUGAUGACAACAACGAAGCUGCAGCUGACGAACUGGACUCCAGCGAUGAAGAGGAGGUCAUGGAAGUCAACAGUAAGACUGCUUCUACUGAUGUCCCCAUGGAAACGGACACUGUAGAAGGGGAAAAGGAGGAUAUUUCAGCUAAGGUAGCCGCUGCGAAAACCCAAAAAGAGACGGCUCCUAAAUUAGCCGCGGUGGCGUGCGGGCUGCCGCAGAGCAGAGAGGAGCUGGAGAGUCUGAUCAGCAUGAUCCACCAGACUGUUAGCAAUAGCGUGCUGCCCCGCCUGCACAAGUGUCUGAAUGCAAAGGUGAAGCGUGAUGAAGAGCAUAAGGCAGUGAAGUCAAAAGAUGUGAAGGAUGAAGAGGUGGUGCGGAUACCGAUCGCUUUCGCUAUGGUCAAACUAUUGCAGACUCUGCCUCCACAUGUCAUGGAGGCCAACUUACCUGGGAUUCUGAUCAAGGUUUGCGUGAUACUAAGGAACCGCUUCCAGGAGAUCCGUGAUGUAGCCAGGGGAACUCUAGUGAAGAUCAUUGAGACUUUAGGCUGCAGGUAUCUGCAGUAUCUGCUCCGAGAAAUGCAGUCUGUUCUGGUCAAAGGCUACCAGGUCCACGUGCUGACAUUUACAGUCUACCAGCUUUUGACUGCACUCAGUCCGACCCUGAAGAGCGGUGAUUUGGACCCCUGUAUGAAUAUGCUUAUAGAUAUUUUUAACAACGAGCUGUUUGGGUCGGUGGCUGAAGAGAAGGAAGUGAAGGGCAUAGUUUCCAAGCUGAUGGAGGCCCGACACAGCAAGAGCAUGGACUCGUAUGAGUUCCUGGCACGGUUCUGCAGCAAGGAGAGCAUCACCAAGCUCAUCCUGCCACUGAAAGAGAUCCUCGAGACCACAUCCAGUUUGAAGGUGUGUAACCGAGUAGCUGCUGUACUCCGGCGACUGGUUGCAGGUCUGCUUGACAACAGCGGCAUGACGUCUCAAGAUAUCCUACUGCUGAGCCACGGCCUGAUCAGCCAGAGCCUGCCGCUGCUCACCAAGAGAGACCGUAAGAAAAAAUCAGCUAAGCCUCCCCCGGAUCCCAGGCUGCCUCCCCCGAGCUGCCUGCUCCUUCCUCCAACUCCAAAGAGAGGAGGUCAGAAAGCUCCAGUUAGCAGCCGAACCAACAUGCACUUUCUGGUGGAUGCUGGCCUCAAGCUGCUCCACCUGAGUCUAAAGAAAUCCAAAGUGAGCUCAUCUGAGGCAUCGGCUCUGGAGAUGCUGGAUCCUUUUGUUCUGCUAUUGCUAGAAUGUCUCGACUCCAUGCACGUCAAGGUGAUCACAGAGGCUCUGGUAGCAUUCACCUGGCUGUUAAAGUUCCCUCUGCCAGCUGUGGAGCGGAACGCUGGCCAAAUGACAAAGCAGCUCUUUGUCCUGUUGAAGGAUUAUGCAAAGGCUGGAGCUGCCCGCGGGGAGAACUACCACCUGGUCCAGAACUGCUUCAAGGCGAUGACUAUUUUGGUGAAGAACAUUAAAAGCAACAAGAUCUCAGAGACACAACUUCAAGUGCUGCUGGGAUACGCUGAGGAGGACAUCUACGACCAGUCCCGCCAGGCCACUGCCUUUGGCCUGCUAAAGGCAAUCCUGUCCAGGAAGCUCGUAGUCCCAGAAAUGGAGGAGGUGCUAAAAAAGGUGGCCAAUAUGUCCGUGACCGGCAGCAAUGCUAUGAUCAGAAUCCACUGUCGGCAGAUCUAUCUGAAGUAUCUGUUGGACUACCCACUGGGGAAGAAGCUGAACGGGCACCUGAACUUUGUGGUGGCUCAGCUGGAAUAUGAGCACGACACAGGCAGGGAGUCCGCGCUGGAGAUGCUGGCGUACAUCUUCCAGACUUUUCCCCAGAAACUGCUGUUAACACACAGCAGCAUGUUCUUCGCCCCGCUCGCUCUUGUUGUGGUCAAUGACAACUCUCCACGCUGUAAGAAAAUGGCUGCCAUGUCCAUCAAGACCCUGCUCACCCAGUUGGAUUUGAACCAGCAGAACACCUUUUUCACCUUUGUCAACACAUGGCUGAAUGCAAACAAGGUCAGCCUGCGGAGACUCGGCGCUCAGAUUUGUGGGCUGUUUGUGGAGGUAGAGGAAGAAAAGUUCACCCGUCGACUGGACGAUCUGCUUCCUCUGCUGGAAAGAGAGAUCAACCACGAAAACUAUGAAGAUAUUGAAGAGGAGCAGGAUGAGAAAGGAGCUGACCGGCUGUUGUUCAGUUAUCUGACUCUUAUCUCCAAACUGAAUACACACUGCGGGCUGCUAGAGUUAAGCAAGCCUAACGACACACUCUGCCAUCUCUGGGGUCACAUUGAAGCCCACCUCCGACAUCCCCACUGCUGGGUGUGGCUGACCGCCUCGCAGCUCUUUGGUCAGCUGUUUGCAUCUCAGCAGGCACAGCAGCUGAUCACCAUUUGGAGAGGAGGAGGAGAAGAUGCUUCAUCUCAGCCAGCAGCCACCGACUUCAUCACCAGCAACCUGGACAAGAGAAUGAGAAAGUUGGCGUUAUCUUUCUGCCAUCAGCUGCAGUCCAAGUUCUUAGACACAGCAUCAGGAGAGCAGGUGAUCAAGAACCUGCUGUUUGUCGGCAAGGUGAUCUACUUAAUUUCCCCCGAGUCUCAAGUCACGGCUCAGGAAGAAGUGAAAGAUGAGUUGGAGGAGGAGGAGGAAGAGGAACACAGGGAGAAUGAAAAUGGAGAUGAAGAUCAGGAUGAGAAAGAAAAAGAAGCAGAGGAGGAAGAAGAUGGUGACAAAGAUGACAGGCCUCCUUCUCUUCUGUGGUUGAUGAAGAAACUGUGUCUGAUGGCAAAGAGGGAGGCAGCGUACACUCCUAAAGUUCCCCUAAAGCGAACAUGUGUGUUUAAGUUCCUGGGGGCAAUGGCCAUGGACUUGGGGAAGGAACGUCUCGGCCCCUAUCUGACCACCAUCAUCACUCCUCUCUACAGAGAGCUAGACAGCACAUACGCAGACCAAGAUCCAACUUUGAAGAACUUGGCGCAGGAGUUGAUCGAGCUCCUCAAAAAACAAGUGGGCCUGGAGAGAUUCUCAAUGGCCUUCUCUGCUGUCCAGAAGGAGUUUACACAGAGACGAGUAGCACGGAAACGACACAGAGCCAUGCAGGCGGUGGCUAACCCAGAUAUCGCUGCAAAGAAGAAACUUAAGAAGCACAAGAAUAAAAUUGAAGCCAAAAAAAGAAAGAUAGAAAUUCUCCGGCCUGGAUAUAAAGCCAAGAAGCACCGGAGUCACGCACUCAAAGACCUAGCCAUGGUGCAGUGAGUCACGCAGGUGGACACGGAUUUAUCAAAGACACUGAAUGUGAAUCAGUAGCUGAUGUGUGCAUGUUUCCAUGUAACUUACUUAUGUUACAUUAUGAAUUUUACUAAAUUAAUUUCCAAGUUUAUGGAAUUAAAGUGAAAACACAGAACCAUCUCUACGCUGGUGAUUCUGAGUUUGUGGAUGAGACAACCUCUAGAGGUCCAGCAUACUUGUAAGAAG